GAAUCAACGGUUGGGAAUGAAAGGAGUGUGUCUCGCUUAGCUUCCGAGCAAUCGUAGCCGUUGCUUACAUUUACCGUCUCUGGUUUAAUAAUCUCCGGCGAUACGAUCCUGGGAAGAGGGAAAGAGCUUAAGCGAGAGAAUGAUUCGAACGAUUCUGCUGUUCCUCGUCGUCGUCGUCGGUACGCAAGUACAUGCGCAGCUAGUGCCUCCGGCGAGGCGCGAUGGUUUCGUUUACCCACCGGGUCGUCGUGUUGACCCGGAUACUAUACUAAUUGAGGCGUUUUUCGACCCGGUAUGCCCGGACAGUAGAGACGCUUGGCCACCACUGAAGGAAGCUCUUGAACACUAUGGAUCUCGCGUUUCCCUUCUCCUUCACCUCCUUCCUUUACCCUACCAUGACAAUGCAUAUGUAACUUCUCGGGCCUUGCACAUUGUGAACACCCUAAACGCUAAUGCUACCUUCAGUUUGCUGGAAGGGUUCUUCAAGCAUCAGGCAUUGUUCUACAACGCGCAAACACAACUCCUAUCAAGACCUGCCGUUGUAGACAAAAUAAUCAAGCUCGGAACGGCCACGUUGGGAAACUCGUAUCUAUCUGUCCUCAAAUCCGGCUUCAGCGAUACAAAAUCGGACCGAGCGACCAGGGUUUCCUUCAAGUAUAGCGCUUCAAGAGGGGUAUAUGGCACACCAACCUUCUACAUUAAUGGGUUUGUAUUGGCUGAUGCUGGUUCUCCCUUAGAUUUUGGAGGAUGGAGAAAAAUCAUUGAUCCUCUGGUUCAAGCACACAAGGUAGAGGUGCAAGAUAACCUCAUUUCCUUCCUUUGACGAGCUUAAGUGCUUUUGCUGUGUCAUGGGACUAUAUGUAAUGGAAUGUAAUGUAUAUAUAUAGUUGCUCAAAAAUCUCUGUUGUUCAUCGUAAUAAAAGGAAAGUCAUCAUUCUAUUUAAAUAUAACCAGCCCGGUUAUC